AUCAUCAUCACCACACUUUUUUGAUCAUCGAUUUAUGCGUUCCCUUACCACACACCACACAUUGUGUGUUAGAUGUUUUAUAUUUUAGGUUUUCGAUGUUAAAUGUAAAAAAAUGCUGAAUGUUGAUUGCUGAAUUUUUUUUCCCAUAAAUUUUCUUCCAUCAAUUUCCGUAUUAAAACUGUAUUUUGGUGUUUUGUAUGUUUGUAUUCUGCGGGAUUUUUUUUCCAAGUUGUUGAACCUUACUACUAAAAAAAAAAAUUCCAGCAGAUUUCAAAAAAAAACAAAAAAAUUGUAAAUGAUGGAAGCUUCAUACGGAAUUGGUGUGCAAAAUCGUUAUGCACUAUUUCUUGAAGAUGGCGAAGAUGAUUUAGUUGAUCCUUAUUCAUUGAUGAAUGUUCCUGGUAUUGCUGUUGAUCAUCAAUCAGGUAGUUCAGGUGAUUCAAUGAAAAAAGUUUCAACAACAUCAUCAUCUGCCAAUGCUAAAUUAAGUAGCAAUCAACAAAAAGGCCAUCAUCAUCAUCAACAACAACAAUCGAUGAAAUCAUCAUCAUCAUCAGCAAAUGUCAGUAAUAAACAAUCACCUGGUACAUUAACCGAAUCAAAACAACAAAAUGUUAUGGCCAAUAAUCAAAAAUCUGAUUCAGGACGACCUAAUCGUAAUCGUCAACAAGGUCAACGUAAUGCUGCCGCUGGUGGUGGUGGUAAUUUUAAUCGAGAAAAUCAGGAAAAUCGAACUCAACGAUCUCCACGAAACUUUGAAACUAAAGAAGAAGGUGGUGGUGAUUUUAAAGGAUUAUCAAAGGAUUAUAGUGAAAAAGACAAUCGUCGAAAUGGAUUUGCACGUGGUGGUCGUGGUGGUGGCCGCGGUGGUAACAGAUUCGGCAAACGUGAAUUUAAUCGCCAUUCAGGAUCAGAUCGAUCUGGUGUAAAAUCAAUUGAUAAACGUGAAGGUGGUGGUUCUCAUAAUUGGGGAAAAAUUGAUGAUUUUUCUGAACAACCAUUGGAAAAUGAAGAAAUGAUCAAUGGAGAAAAAUCGACUGAAAAUGAAAAACCAGCAAAUGAUGAUGGCCAAAAUGCUGAAGAAACGAGCGGUGGUGGUAAAGGCGGUGAACAAACUGAUGCUGAAGAAACUGAACCGAAAAAUGAUGAACCUCAACUCAAAACAUUGGAUGAAUAUAAACGAGAAUUGGAAGAGAAACGAAUGCAUACACAAUUCAAUAUUAGAAAACCAGGUGAAGGUGAAGAUAAAUCAAAAUGGAAGAAAACUUAUGUACUUAAGAAAAAACCAGUGGCCGAAGAAGAGGAAGUUGAAUAUGAAGAAAUUGAAGUGGAAGAGGAUACUAACAAACGUCGUAACCGUCAAGUGCUUGACAUUGAAGUAAACUUCCGACCAGCUGAAGGUGGUCGAGAAGUUAUUGGACGUCGUGGUGGCCGAGGUGGCGGUGCUGCUCGAGGUGGUGGACCACGUGAAGGUGGUGAAAGACGACGUAAUCAAGAUGGUGAAGGACGUUCAGGUGGUGAAGGCCGCGGCGGUGGUGGUCGUGGUGGUGGAUCUGGCCGAGGUAUUGGUGGAGGAAGAGGAGGAAAUCGUGGCCGUGAUCGUAAUCGCUUUCAGCCUGCCCCUAAAUUUGACGAUUUUAACGAUUUUCCAUCGUUAGCUUCGUAAUCAUCGAAGAUGAUACAAAAAUAUAAAUCUCAAUCAAUCAAAAUGAUGCUGAAAAAAAAUAUAACCCAAAAAAAACGAAUAACUGCAAAAUUUAUUGAUUGAAGAUCAUUCGAAAUAUAUUUACCAUCAAUACACAUACAUACAUACAUACACACCACCAAAAUCAAACAAAAAAAUCUUUUUUUUUUGCUCUAUUUGCCACGCUUCCUUUUUGUGUUGUUUAAAAGAAAAAUGAUGAUAAUAAUAAUAAUAAAAGGGGUGAGAGGCGUUACUCGAACUCAAACAAAAAAAAAACAAAAACAAACCAA